CCUCCGACCCCUGAGGUCGGAGUUCUUGUUGCCAGCCUGGGGGUCGGAGAGCAGAAGUCCAAGUGGCUGCGGAACCCAGAGGCAGGACCCUCCCGGAGCUUGGUGCCAGGCUCAGCCCGCCUCUCGGGUCGUCGGUGAACCAGUGAACUCGGCGGGUGUUGUCUCCUGGAGCAGGUCCCGGCCUGUCUGCGGGCAGACUGGGCCGGCCUGCCGGGCGACGGGCCACCUCUGAGACGGCCCCACCGUGGCCUCCAUCAGCGUCACCGCCGCCAGGAGCCGGAGCUGGUUCUCGAGGCAUGUAGCCAGGGUAGAGAACUCCGUGCCAUUCCCGGAGCCCGUGGCAAGGUCGGUGUUAGUGACGGUGGCCUGGGAAGGAGACUCCAGCUGGGGGCGGGACCCGGGGGCCCGGUGGGCACCAGGAUGCCGCACUCCAACACGUCAUCCGUGUUCUCCCCGGACGACUCCUCCAACACAUCCUGGGUGCCCUGGGCCACGCCGAGCACGGUCCACGGCCUCCAAAUCUCACUGGCCGUGGUUCUGUCGACCAUCACCCUGGCCACCGGACUCGCCAACGUCUUCGUCAUCCUCGCCAUCGCCCGGACCCGGAAGCUGCACACGCCCGCCAACUAUCUCAUUGGCUCGCUGGCCCUGACAGACCUGCUGGUGGCCGUCCUGGUCAUGCCGAUCAGCAUCGCCUACACCGUCAGCCGCCGCUGGGCCUUCGGACAGGUCCUGUGCGACGUUUGGCUGUUUUCGGACAUCACGUGCUGCACCGCUUCCAUCCUGCACCUGUGCGCCAUCGCGCUGGACCGCUACUGGGCGGUCACCGACGCCCUGGCCUACAGCCGGCGCCGUACGGCCGGCCGGGCGGCCGCCAUGAUCGCCGUCGUGUGGCUCCUAUCCAUCUGCAUCUCCCUGCCCCCGCUCUUCUGGCGGCAGGCCGGGGCCGCGGCCGAGCUGGCCGACUGCAGGGUCAACACGGACCAGCUCUCCUAUACCAUCUUCUCCACCUGCGGCGCCUUCUACCUGCCCUCGGCGCUGCUGCUGGCCUUGUACAGCCGCAUCUACGCGGCCGCCCGCAGCCGGGUCCUGCGGCCGCCCUCCCUGGAGGGGAAGCGCUUCACCGCGGCCCAGCUCAUCGCCAGCUCGUCCGGCUCGUCCCCGUGCACCCUCAGAGCCGGCGUUCCCACUGGCCGGCCCGGCCCCGCCCGCCCGGUCAGGGUCCGGCUGGCCGGCCGGGGUCGGAGGGGCUUGUCGUCCGCCCGGGAGCGGAGAGCCACCAAGACCCUGGGCGUCAUCCUGGGUGCCUUCAUCGGCUGCUGGCUGCCCUUCUUCGUGGCCUCGCUGGUCCUGCCCCUCUGCCAGGGAGCCUGCUCGCUGCCCACUGCGCUCUUCGACUUCUUCACCUGGCUCGGCUACCUCAACUCCCUCAUCAAUCCCGUCGUCUACACGGCCUUCAACGAGGAGUUCCGGCGGGCCUUCCAGAAACUCGUCCGAUUUCGGAAAUGGGCCUAGUCCUGCCUCCGACCCCACCCUACUGCGGUCACUCCUUGUCCGCGCUCUCUCCUGCGAGGCUGGGCUUGGGGGAAAGGGAGUCUGCCCGGCGGGUGGCCCCGGGGUCCCCGAUGCAACUGACUGUAGUUAAGAAAACCCAAACCGUUCCUUUCCCUCACCCAGCUGGACGACCCCCCUAGGCAUGGGGAAGACUCGGAGGGCUUGGCCCCCAAAAGGCCGGGAAGCUUUGGAGGUGAAGGGUUUCCUUUCUCCGCACCUUGGAGGGGGCCUCCGGAGCACAGGCAAGUUGGGCAGAGAGGGCCAGGCCCAAAGGGGAGUUUUGCUGGAGGCCCCUGGAAAUGGGGCUCCUGGCUGGGUCACCCUGGAAGAAAGUAAAUUCCGGGGACAGGCCGUCGAGUCCCGGAUGGGGUUGGAGCAGUGGAGGAGCCUGAACCGGGACUGCCCCCUUCCUCAGCGAUUACUGACGGGUCUUGGGGAGUGGUGGGGCGAUGGGUGACGAGCAGGAGGCGAGCCUCCAGCCACGGUUUGAACACGGGGUUACCAAUAGCAACUGGUGUGUGUUUGGGGGGCUUUGGCCAAUA